UAGAUAUUUUGAUUUUUGAUACACUUUGUUACCAUGUAUAACGAGACUUGCCACUUGGGAAAUUCGGAAUUUCCUUACAUAAAUAAAAUAUUACAUAUAUUAUACGUACAAUGCAUUAAUAAAAUUAAAUAACGAUACAACCAAUUUAUAACGAAAUCUAAAGGAGAAUCAUAAAUCAUAUAUCAUUUAUUUCAGAAUGUGUUUUAUGUAGCAGUAGGACUGGCAGCUUCAUAGUUCUUACAUCAUUUUCUAGAUGGCGCCAUGUGCAUCACUUUGCUGUAAUUUUAAAUUUUCAAACAAAUCUAUGCGGCAGCCGGCAUGGAAUGGACUGAAAAAUGCUAUAUGUGUAGUUUGUAGUAGACUGUCGUGUUCGUAUACCUAUAUUUUUUUAGACGUAAUUCGUAAGCCUCAUAAUGGAUAGACGUAAGCCAAAAUCAAGGUCACCAGCUGCAAGAAGCCCUAGUCCUUACAGGAAAACGGAUCCCACACCCAUAGAGCUGGACCGCUAUAUACCGUGGAUGUUCAUGAAAUUGCAGUCAGAACAAACUGUGGUGAUUAAAAGAGUGCAACAAGAGGAAUACCCCCGAGCUCGCAACAGCAGAUUCUUGAGUAGUUCGCGCGUUUCACGGGUAUCCACCGUGUCUGUUCGCCAGACCGAAUCCAAUCCCACACUAGUAACAACGGUACCUACAAACACAUCCCUUAUUGACGUAGAAAAUACCAUACAAUUGACGAUAGUUUACAGCCGAGCCGGCCAUGCGGUAGAAAUUGCUAUUAACGCCUGUCCUUUUCCGAUAAACCGCGAGCUAACUGAUGUCAUCUCACUCUCACUUCCGUAUCAUACAAGGCUUAACAAAUUCACCUGCAAAGGAAAAGGUUCAGACACCAGCGUCAUUAUUGAAAUUGUGAAAAUGAUGCAAUUUUCAAAUUUAACGGAUGUAUGCCUUGAUAAUACUUUUGUGACCCAAGGGACUUACUAUAUUUUAUUGGACCAAGCUUCGACACUAAGGUGCCUUUCUUUAAGUAAGUGUACAAUCAAUGACAUAGUGUGCAAGAAAAUAGCUGAACGCCUAGAUUGUAAUGGUCCUGCUUCUAAAAAUCUUCGUAUUCUGAAUUUGUCUUGCAAUUUAAUUACCGAUAUAGGCGCUCACGCGCUAGGGCAUUCACUGAGAACCAAUCGUCAUAUUAUGCAUUUGAAUCUAUGUGGCAAUACCAUUACAAGUGUGGGUGCUGGAUAUCUAUUGGAACCUUUAUCAGAAUUCCCUUUCACUGCGGAUGAAAUUAAGGAAAGGAUUCGUAGGAGAAGAGAUUUUUAUAAUAAGAAAGCAGCAAUACCAAAAUCUCCAACAAGUACCUAUACAAAUUUGAGCAUUGAAAAUGGAAAGAAUCUUAAAGACAGAGAAUUUCCACAGAAAAAAUCUUCAUUUAAUUCAAAGACAGUUGUGAAUUUAACUGGUUUUGACGAAAGAGUGGUAGUAGAAGACUUUUCUGAUCCGUCUAAUACAGUUUAUAAAAACGGCCGUUCAUUUUCUAUUGGGAAUUUAACUUUGUGUUCGUUGAACCUCGGAUACAACUAUUUGGAUUAUACAAUUUUGUCAAAGAUUAUCGAUGUGUUAUUAUAUCAAAAAGAUCAAGAAAGAACUCCAAGGCGCACUGGUUUACUGAGGAUUGUGAUAGAGGGAAACAACUUGUCAGUUAGCUGCGAGGAGUACAGCAAGAUAGAGAUGUGUUUGGCUAUACUCAAUAAUGAAGCUUGGUCUUUCAAAAAGAAACGAAAGUCGUCAUCAAAAGCGCGACGCGAGAUAAAUUCCAGAAAUGCCUCUAGUGUAGUCCUAGUGCCCUAAUAAUAUUUAGGUACCUACUUAGGUACUUACGGUUUGGUAUGAUAUCUUACAGAAUCAGUGUCUACUUAAACCUAUGUAAAUGAUCUUAGUCUCUAUUUUAUUGUACAGUCGAGGAAAUUGAUUCUUUAGCAGGUUGUGGUUCACUUUACACUGGAAAGCUCAUAGCAUAAGUAUGUACAACCAAAUUUACUUGAACCGCAAAUUGCUAAAGAAUCAAUUUCCUCGACCGUACCUACUUAUGAGAUUCUAGUUUUAUCUGGAGUCUUACAAAUAGGAGCGAUCCUAAUAAAUAUUACAGUAUCAACCAA